UUUACAUCACUCGUUAUGAACCGCAACAUACUAUCGGCAAUCUUCACGACGCGCCUCACUAACAGCAAACAGCUUCAUCGGCCUGAGAAAUAAGACCGGUCACAUCCACCGUAUUCUCGAUCACGUUGAUUUAAGGGUCGCUUUACUAACCACAUUAUAUUGGGGAAUUUUUUCUAUUCAACUUCCGAUUUGCUCGCCUCUCGACGCGCAACUCGCUCCACCUCGCGCCUUCUGGGAUCAAAAAUCCAUCAAGUUCAACAACGUCGCUCCGUGUUUCAUCACGCGCGUACACCGCUUCCAGGAAUCGUAACAAAAAACAAUCGUCAUUCAAAAUGCCUUUUCUUUCCGAUGCCGAGCUCGAGGACGAUGACCUAGUCCGCAUUCAGAGUGACCUUUUCGAGUAAGUAUAUUUUCCAUCGACCAGGCCCCUACAAAGUCGUACAUUCCCAGUUAGUGAGUACAACGAGCCACGUCAAAUCUCCGAAGAUAUCGCACCUAGCCAGCCUGUACCCGCCGGUGUUACCGUUGUCACUAUGGAUGAUAAGCUUGAGCUGAACGCCCCUGUUGCUGGUAUGGAGGGUGAAACAAGCAAGCGUGCCAUGCCAUCCCGGUCUCUCUCAGCAACGCCCGCGCAGUCUGCUUCGAAAACCCCGAAGUCAGCAAAGAGCACGAGCUCCCGCACGCCCAAGAGUUCCCUGAAAAGCACUGAGAAGAGCAGCGGGCGCAAGCGCAAGGCCGUGGAGAUUGAGGAAGCCGACUCGGAGAGGGAGGAGGAAGGAAAGGAUGUCACUCCUGCAAAGCGUGGUCGCAAACCCGCCGCCGCUCCUAGCGCUCGUCUUGCUGCCAAGGCUGCCAAAAAGAAGGGACCCGGUCAUUCUGCAUCCACUAAUGGCACAGCCAGCAAAGAGAAGCCCAAGGGCAAGGCUGGUCGCCCCAAGAAGGAUGCCGCUGCUGAUGUCGUUCCUAAGGGAGAAUACGAGGUCGAGGCCAUCGUCGACUCGAUAAUUAACGCCGAGACGAUGGAGCACGUGUACUUUGUGAAGUGGAAGGGUUACCCGUCCAGCGAAAACACCUGGGAGCCUAAGCAGAACCUCCAAGGUGCUACUGAGCUAUUGCGCAAGUUCAACGCCGAUCAAAAGGCCAAAAAGUCCGAGGAGGCCUCCGAGAAGAAAGCCAAGAAGGCAAAGACCUCUCAUAAGGUUCAGGAGGCGGACAUGACUGACAAGGUGGAUGAGAAGACGAAGGAGGCCGCGAAGGCCCCCAAGGCCAAGCCCGCUGAGAAGCAACAGGCGAAGCCCAGAGGAAGACCCGGUAGACCACCAAAGGCUAGCAAGGACGCUAAGAGCGCGAAGGAAACCAAGGCUCCUGCCAAAGCCGCCAAGAAGACGAAAGAGGUGAAGGCACCUAGGGCAGGCACACGCGUUUCGAGCAGGACGAAAUCGGCCUAGGGAUCAUCGACACAAUUCAGGGGUUGAUCAGAGGUACUCCUGUUUUUGAUCUCUAUGCGCCAAGCGCAACCAUUUGGCUAAACGUUUCUCUGCUUUGAGCACCAUCGAUUGGGUGCCUCGGGCAUUUAACGCUUCAUUCGGAGAGCGCGCGAAGGAACUUGGGAUGGGCAUCCGGCUGGUUGCUACUUUCACUCCAUCUGUAUAUGUAUUCGGGAAUUCGUAGGCUGCUUUAUGUUAUUUUGACAUCUUCGUUGGCACAUUACGGGGAUGAUAUUAGCGACGCCUAAAUACCCGCCAAGGCAUGCCCGGAGGAGGAGAACAGUCUGCUUCGGCACACGAAGAAAACAGCGGACAUGGAGGAAUGCUAAUGGAAUUUUACCCAUCUUUGCUUUGAAGGCUAUCUUCGUGAGAAACUCCACUAUGAAGAAGUGAGGGAGUGAGGUUCAUGGACGAAAUGUCCAGUCUUAAGUGGAAGCUGAUGCUGUGGCUCUGUGGUCAGGGUAGGUGAGGCAUCUCACAAAAC